AUGAUCUAUUUGGUGGAGACUGUUGUUGGAUAUGCACUUCUUGACAAGGCAGAAAGGUCUGAGGAAGUGCAGCUUAUUGAGAAAUACAAGUUUGCGAGUAUUGAUGAGGCACUUGAGUCGUCUGCGCUACUCCUCAGAGGAGAGAUCCCAGGCAAUCUAGAAAACUUUGUGAGACUUGUGGAGGACAAAAGCAAGGACACUUUGGUUGUGAGCGAUCAAAAGUUGGUAGAGCCUCUAGAAAAGAUGUUUUCAAGAAAAGUUGUGUGUUCCCAUGAUGAUGUCCUGAGGUCGAUAAAGUUGGAUGUACACAAGUAUUUCGAUAUGAGCUGGGCCGAGUAUUCUGAAAGGAUCUUAUGCUUAGCACAUAAGAUUUCUAUGGAGAAGAUCAAUCUCGUACCUGAGAAGAUCGACACGAUGGUGAUCCAGUCUGUAUCUCUACUAGAUGACAUGGAUAAGGACAUAAAUCUUCACUGCAUGAGGCUCAAAGAAUGGUAUGGAUUUCACUUCCCCGAGCUAUCUUCGAUUACAGAUAACAACAGAGAGUAUCUUAAGCUUGUUGUUGCAAUUGGCAGGAAAGGAAGCAUUGAUGAAGAAAAGAAGAGGAUGCUCAGAGAUAUGGUUGGAGAUGACUGUGAAAAGAUUGUAAAGCUGGCGGAAACGAGCAUGGGUGUUGCAAUGGACGAGGAGGAUGUUCUGAACAUAUUGGAAGAUGCAAAAGGUGUACUUCGGAGCUUUGAGUUUAGAGAUGAGCUAGUGGAGUACAUCCGAGUGAAAAUGGAGGGGUUGGCACCUAACAUAACGUCAUUGGUUGGAGAAGUUAUUGGAGCCAAGAUGAUAAGCAAGGCAGGGUCCUUAUCCAAUCUCGCAAGGAUGCCUGGAUCAUCCAUACAGAUGAUGGGGGCUGAGAAAGCUUUAUUCCAGGCUCUGAAGUCAAAGACAAAUACCCCAAAGUAUGGGAUUAUCUACGGGUGCUCUCUCCUAGGGCAAGUAGCUUCUCAGAAUAAAGGAAGAAUAGCUAGAAGCUUAGCUUCGAAGAUUGCAAUGGCAGCUAGAAUUGAUUCCUAUGGAGAAGAGAGGACAAAUAAGGUGGGGAUAAGGAUGAGAGAGAAAAUUGAAAGAAGAAUCAAGGAUCUGGAGACAAGAAGCAACUCUGAGAAGAAGGUAGCUAAAAAGCUUAAGUAUGAAGUGAAGCCAGACUUUUAUGAUGACUCGAAGGAUUCCAAAAGGAUCAAAACAAAAUGA